AUGCGUCAUGAAUUUUCUUAUGCCGAGUAUGAUGAGAACUCUCAAGAGACACCCUUUAGCAGAACAGCAAGAUUGAACAUAGACCUUCCAUUUGACAAGUGUGAGUAUGAGUUUGUUGGCUCAUGUAACGGAUUGAUCUGCAUGGACUCAUGGUUUAGUGAGAUUUAUGAACCUACUUAUAUCUUUAAUCCAAUCACCAGAGAAUAUAUUAUACUUCCAACAUCUGAAGGAGAUUACUGGUGGACUGGAUUUGGUUACAUUCUUUCCACCAAUGAGUACAAGGUUGUUGGGGUAUAUAACACUAGGGGAGACUCGAAUGUUACAAGUGUCUAUGUAUACACUCUUGGAAGUAGCACUGGAUGGAGAAAUGUGGGAACGGUGGACAUGGAUAUGCAAAUUUGUAGAAGAUCUGUUGGCGCGUUUGCAAAUGGAGCUCUUCAUUGGGAGGAUGAUUCAGGAAACAUUUUCGCUUUCCAUUUGACUGAUGAAAAGUUUAGCAAACGUCCAUCACUGCCUUGUCUAACAGAAGCUGAUUUUUCCAAUUAUCCGAAGAAUAAAGAUAAUUAUAAUGACUUGAGCUGGAGUAAAGAGUUCAGUUUUCACACUUACAUGUCACCACCAUUUGGGUAUACGAAGAGUGGUAGGCUUCUGUGCUACAAGCGUCACAAAAUUUAUGGUUACGAUCAAAAAGAAUCAUCUGCCAGAAUGGAUGUGGAUUUUGGCGAGUCUAUUGAUGGUGCAAUCGCUCACAAGAAUACUUUAGUUUCACUGAAGGCAUUAGGAGAAAAGGAUGCUAAAACAAUGGAAUCUGGUGAAAGAGCUUGA